AUGAAGCGGUCGCCACUGUUUGUCUUCUUGUGCGGCUUAGCGCCUUUAUUUCUUUUCCUGUGUUUGUCUUCACCUGCUAUCAGAGGAGAAGCAGCACCUCCCGCAGCAGCAGAAGAGAAGCAGCAGCAUAUAUCCUUUUAUCAAAGAUCUCCUGGUGAAAGGAAGAAGUUUGCAGAGGCUAUAAGAGGGCUUCAAAGAGGGGGAAAGCCUUCUUUUGCUGAUGUGGUGCUGCAAGCAACACGGGGCAGAACAGCAGGUGCAGCAGCAGCAGCAGCUUCUGCUGCUUCUGCUGCUGCUAAGAACCGUGCAUCGAAACAGCAGCAGCACCAGAAACCCCACUGCAAGACGAAUCUUUCGUUGCCGAAGGUGCAGCAGCAGGUGGUGGAUACUCUGAAGGUAAAUAGAGCCGCGAAGGCUUCAGACAAGAAGCAGGCAGCAACGCACAAUGCAGAUAAACAUCAUUUAGACGAUAUUCUGCAGAGUUUGCUAAGAAUCGUUGAAGAGGAGGCCUCAGGCAUAUAUUUGUACCACGUCAGAGACCCCAUUACGGGUAUAACUGUUGUAGAAGCAUGCAAAGUGAAUAUUACAGGCUUUCUAGGGGCUGGAGGCACAGCAGUUGUUAUGAAGGCGUCUGUUGUUGAUGAAGGAAUUGCUGCUGUCUUGGGGUUUGAUGAAGUGGCUAUUAAAAUGCAAUACUACACAUUCGGAAAACCCGUAGAGAUCACUAAAAGAUUAAAAACCCUUAUAUUACAGGACAUGCAAGAAAUGAUACAGAGCGAAAUUAAGCCCUUAAAACAAGCAGCAGCAGCAGCACAAGGAGCAGCAGCAUCAGGAAGAGGAGGGAGUAAGGCUACGACAGCGCGGAAGAUUGUUGAGGAAAACCGCUGGGUAUUGCCUGUAUACAUAGCGGAAAUGGUAGACCCUGAGGAGACUCUCUUGUUGCACAAAGAAACAUUAUUUUUUAAUACCGUUCUGAUAACAAAAGUAAUGGCAGGAGAUGGAGCUGAUCUCCUACACAACAGCCCCUACGGCAACACCGUAGAUCGGUUACCUGUGGAAGCGAGCGUUUUUGUAUGCGCACAAGUGAUUGAAACUGUAGCGAAGUUGCAUGCAAAUGGCCUCUGCCACGCAGAUGUGAAACCUGAAAAUUUUUUAAUUGGUAAAGACGGAACGAUUCACCUCGCAGACUUCGGCAUGGUAGGAGGCAUCGGAGAAAGAAGAAAAUGCAGCGAAAAAAUCACGCUUUUAUUCAUGGAUCCAACGCAUGCACGCUGCUGGUUGCGAGGGGGCUGGAUGUGUUUAAGCGACAAGUACGACGCAUGGUCCGUGGGUUUGACUUGCUAUGUUAUUAUCUCCGGUGGAAGGCUUCCGUAUAAUAUACCAAAUGGAGAGGGUUUACAGGAAUAUUUAUCCCUUAUCGACAAAACACAAUCAUCGAGAAGCCUUGCGUUGCAAAGCCCUGCACAAGAGCUCCUGGAUAUGGGCGUACCUGGUCCCUGGGCAGAAACCAUCGCUGAUUUAUUAGAUAGAGACAGAUCUCAUCGUAAGACGCCUUUAAACCUCACUGGUGAAUUCUCUUCAUGGCCUCCUGAAACUGCAAACCUGCGAGGAAAGACCAGAAGCGCUUGA